AUGCACCAAAAACGUGUCUUUAACUGGGAAGGGAAGAACAUCAUCGCUUGGAAGGAGAAGCUCGUUCCGAAUGGCACCCCUAUACAUUUCCUGGCUGAUGAUGAGGGCACGUUCACCAGUUCAACAGGCCUUGAGUCGUUUUCGAUGCGGUAUCCUUGCUACGCGUGCCUCGAGUCAAGGUAUGUUCUGCCUCUUGCCGUCGAGGGGAUUCCAAGCGAGGUCACUUUGAUGGGGGCAAAGACAAUUCUGACCGCUGAGCUUCGUGUUCUGAAGCUGUGGAAGGAGGAACGAAAAAGCCUCAUGACCUUGAGUGACGUGGCAUCCAGGCUUCAUCCAAAAGGACAAACAGCAGCGAUGGACUGCCGAGUAACGGAGUUGAGGGUGGAUGAGAUGGGCUCGAGAGGACGACACGUCAAAUCAGGAUGGGGUUGUAGCAGAGAAAUGAGAGACAUAUGCUUGCUCAGCACACAUCCACGUCUCGUGUUAGAAGGGAGCCUGGACUCUGAAGGGCUGUUCCAGUAUAAUGUCAGGGUACGGGAUACAGGCAAGGCAGAAUAA